UGGAGAUGAAAAGCAAUCACCAAUCAUAUCCCAGCAACAGCCACACCCAGCUGUUCCCGGCAGGCACCACAUUUGCAGGGAUGUGGAUAGCGGGGGACAGGGGAACGGGUCAUUGCGCUAACUCUAUUUAGAAGGCGGAGAAAUAAUCCUGGAUUUUGCCAACGAUAGCUCACGUCAACACCGUUUACAGGCGCUGAAGGUCGGACGGACAAUGCGAAAUGCAAAUGCGACAGCUUUUUCGACGACGAUACGAAGACAUGAUUUUUCGACGGCGAAAAGAGCAACCAUAACCCUACAAUCUCAAUUUGAUGAGAAAGCUCAAUGUCGUCGAGAACCGCCUCGGCCGGCGCGUCGGGGCCUGCAAAAGGCGCUCAGGGUUGGCCGUCCUACCUUCGCCAGUUCAGUAAAGCCAGCGCAGAGGAGCAACCGCAUCUAUAUCCCAAUCUGAAUCCCCAUUCACCGGCAGACACGGUCACUUCGAGCAGUUCGACCAUUCGCGAGCGACCCCAGUCGGCGAAACGCCCAGAACGAAGAUGGACCGUGACUGUCAACGAAGCGCUUUCCGGCGACGAAGUGUUGCUCAACUUGGAGCUGCUAGGGGACGAUAUCCAGCCAGGCAGCCUCGUGGCUAUCGAUGUGCUAAAGCCAGAAACCGAGAAGCAGCAUCACCCAGAACGCAGCAAAGAUGACAGCUCUGCGGGUUGCAAGCCAAAGCGCUACAUAUGUAUCGCCAAAGACUUGAAUAGGGAUUUCAGGGCUCGAUACCCCAUGGUCGAAGUCUAUGUCGCCAAACAUAUCGCAGAAGCCUUUGGGGUGAGGAAGGGUACACAAGUUACUGUCGCUCCAAUUGACAGCACGAACCCGGCCGUUGAAGCAUCUCACCUCGAGCUCUCCUUUAAAGAUCAGUAUCUUUCGCGAGCUGAUAUGUGGCGUAUGGCAGUGGGAAUGCUUUCAGAGCGGACCGUAUACAAAGGACAGAUGAUCCUGUUCAUGGGUACCGUCAAGGCGCAGGUUACAGCUGUGUAUGUUGACGGACGCCAAAUCCAUUCUGCCUUCUUCGGCCGCGACACAAAGCCCAUAUUCCGCAGCGAAUCCGCUCGAUAUGUUCUUUUCAUCCAGAUGUCCCGCGAGAUGUGGGAAUUUGACUCGGAUGGUUCCGGCGAGAUCAUGUUUAACAAAGUGGUCAACGGGUUCCUACCAGCGCUCUUCAAGAAGUGGGCAGCUAUGAAGCUGAAGCAUCUUGUCACCAUCGUGUUGUUUGCACGCGUCGAGUACGACACGGGUAUUUCGACUGAACUCACCAAUGCCGCUGUUCAAAACCUUUACUACACCGGCAUUCAGUCCUCUGGAAACCGCCGCCCAUACAAGGACUUCUAUAGGGUAGUCGUCAGUGAGAUGGGCAGUGGUGAGUGGACCAAAAUCUUGCAUCAGCUCAAGCGGGAGUUUAGCUACUUCCGCAAGGACAUCAGCACCCACCACAUAAAGGCCAUAACAUGGUCACCCUUCCCUGGCUCGGAUGAUCCUGCGACUCGCGAGUCAACCCUCAACAGGAUCAAAGCUGAAGCCUCUCGAGCGGUGCACGGAAACUUCCUUGAAGCCAUCAACAUGGCCUCUUCGUUGUACGCCCACGAUUACAUUGACAGAGACUUGACUAGGACCGGAGUGUCUGUUGUGGUCAUUAGUCCCAGUCCUGGCGUUUUCGAGGUCGACUACGACGCGCUUCGCCGAACGACUGAAUCUCUUGUGGGUAAUGGCAUCGGCAUUGACUUGAUCUGCAUACCAAAGAUACCACUGCACUCUGUCCCGCUGUUUCGUUAUCGUGCUCCUCAAAACUCGCAGCUCGCUAGCCAAAGGUCGAAGCUGAACAUGAGCAGCGGAAGUACCCCAAAGCAGACCAGUUCGGUGUUUGGGAGUUAUAGCAGUCAAGUAGGGUUAUUUUCUCCUGGAAAAGGACUCGAAAUGGCCCGCCGUGGUGAGCCUGUUGGUCAACGCUCCGCACAAGAUGAAUUUGUCUCCGUUGUGCCCCAGUGGCUUCAUGUGUCAUACUGGACGGGCGCGUCUGAAGAAGCACUUUCUUAUCAGGGAAUUGCUUUGUCGGUGUCGGACGUGCCUCAUGGUGACGCCGGAGACGAGUUCCCAAUUCGAUGUCGCAUGUAUGACUUGCAAAUGCGAAGCGUGAUGGAAACCAAUGAGAUCGAGACCCAGCCGCUGCACAUGGAUCCAUAUUUCCCUCUGUCGGCGCUCCAGGUCACUCAGAUCCCCCAACCGCAUAUCGAUUCCGAUGGGACGAUAUUUGUCAAGAACACCCAGGUGCCAGAGACUCUUUUUGAACACGUCUAUGGCUUCCAGAAGUUUGUCCCUGAUAGAAACAGCAAACAUGCGGAACGAUCACUGUGGAAACAAUUGCAACAGUAUGACGACUCCAGGGCACGACUGCCAACUUCCCGGAUGAUUGCUGGUCCUCACAGGCAUGGGCGUAUGUACGAGGAUGUUCCAAGAAAGCAAGUGUCGGAAGAUACCAGCCUGCUGAGUACCUCCUUUAGCGAGCGUCGUCCUUCCACUGCUAUUCAACCCACAAUUCCUGGGCCUUCUCAAUUUCAUCGGCAGAGCUCUGACAGGUUGGAUGUCCUAUCUUCCUUGUCGACCAACCGUAAAAGUCCUGCUGGGUCUAGUAACGCCAGCAGCACCGCUACUUCGUCUCCCACCAAGCCUCCUAAGUUCAUGCGACAGAUCAGCCGUUCGAGUGCGGGUUUUAAGAUAGCCGCUCCUAAGGCAGCCGCCGCAGAAUUGAGCGUCCAGAGUGUUGAGGCCUCGCGGCCCUCGGGUCCACACGAUCACAGGAUGGGCAAUGCUCGCGGAGAUCAACGGCCAAUGUCUUCGGACAAGACAAGAAUGGGCUCGCCUUUGUUCAACCAAGGCAGUUUCUCCUCUUACACGUUUGCACAGGGGUACCUGUCGCCUGGAGAUUCGGGCAGCAAGCCGAUCCUGAUCAGAAACCAACAGCCGAGUGGUGUCAGCGUGGCCAAUUCGAUUCUGGUUUCAACACUGCGCCCAGAGCCUACUCGCCUCGACCGGGACAUAAAAAAGUCCAACGCCAUCCGGAACGACGAUGCUAAUCGGCUUAACAAGUCCAUAUUAUUGGCGGAUGCCAUGUCGGAGUUGCCAACCACUUUGUCUCCCACCACAGCUCUGAACCCGUGGCUGACAAUCCUGAACCCGUCCAAUACCAAACCUGAGGAUGUGAACAUGGCUUCUCUGUACAGCCGCUGGCAGCACGUAUUUCCAAGACCCGCAGAAAUGAGACUCAUGAAGUGGAAGUCGUUGUGCUCUCCGGCUGCUGUCCCACUUACGUGUGAGUACUUCCCCACAGAGUCUCAGUUUGAGUCAGAGUACCAGCGCCAGCCUUACAAUGUGUCACAAAAUGUGGACGACGAGCUGUCCGAGGAACCAAGGUCGCGUGACGACUUGCUGCGAGAGUUGGUUAGUUUGCGCUUUUGCCAGGGAUUCCAAAUCAUCGUCGGCCCAGCGGUUGCGAAGGCUUUCGGCCAGAAACAACUCAAGGUUGCUGAUGUCUUCUCCAGAGACCACAUGAUGGAAGAUGGCACGAGCAUUUUCAUGUCCGCUGGUAAUACCAUACAUCAGCUGUCGUGUGUCAACGGGACCGAAGUGGAAGUCAAUAUCUUUGUUCGAAAGCCGACGGAAAGUUCUCCGCAGGUUUAUGACGGGGCAUCAUCGAGGUACAAGCCGGCCAUUCGGACACUGUUGGAUCAACGCUACAGGACAAGCGAGUUUGAUCUUGUAACGCCCAAGCCAGAGUGGAACUGGAAUUACAUUGAUGCUUUUGUCGCUGGCCACAAUGACGAACUGACGGAGCAUCUGAGGUUCUGGCGUGCGAGAUUCGUUUUGAUCCCUAUUACGGGCAGACACGCAUCGCUACCCCGGGCACAGAGCGGAGAUAGUGACGAGGAGGUUCGUAUUGAGGGGAUCCGCAAGCUUGCUCAGUUGUGGCAGAGGUACCGAUACGUUCCUCCGAAUGAAAGACGGCUUCAAGGUCCGGGCCAGCGGAAGAAGAAGGAAGCCAAUCCUCUUGAUAUUGUUUACAAGACCGAGGAUUCAUCUGUGGUCAUUGCGGCCGAACUCGAGACAUUGCCUUUGCUGGAAGGUGUGGACCGCAAGGGAGGGUUAGUAAGAAGAGGGGAACAGUUUUCAAAGAAGAACUUUAGCUUGGCUGCUCUGGCGGAGGCUAUACAGCAACCGGUGGAACAAGGUGGUGUCCGUAUGCAGAACCGCAGAUGGCAUUUGCGCCUGCAUUACAACUGCUUCAUCGGUUCUGACAUGACGAGUUGGCUUCUAGACAACUUUGAGGAUCUUGAGGACCGGGAAGAGGCAGAGGCUCUAGGUAAUCGUCUCAUGGUAUCUGACGACAGGGAGAAAGACAAAGAGGGCAACAAGAAAGAGAGCGGAGGUCUAUUCGUGCACGUUGAGAAGCGCCAUUCGUUUAGGGACGGGCAGUACUUUUACCAGAUCAGCAGCGAAUACGCAAAGCCUCAGCCCAGUUGGUUCAAGCGAACCCAACAGUUCUCCAUACCGACAACGCCUAUGUCAGAGAACAUGCCUCGGGAUUUACGGGUUGGCAUCUCGAGACCGACUUCUAUCCAUGAAGAGAAUUCUUCAACCUCUGGCGCUUCAACACCAACGGCACCACCCACUGUCAUCGGCGGCAAGAAGCCCAAAGUUGUUCUCAGCAAGUCUAUCAAGUACGACGUCGAUCAUCGCAAAAAGUCCUACCGGCCCGAGAUUGUCGAACUACAUUACGACCGCCUCCACAACCCAGAAAACUGUUACCAUAUCCGCGUUGACUGGAUGAACGUCACUGCCAAGCUCAUCGAAGACGCCGUUGAGAACUGGGCAAGGGAAGCAGCCCAGUACGGUCUCCGACUGGUUGAAGUCCCCAUAGCAGAAGCCUGCUCGAUCAGCUACAUCAACCCCUUCCGCCGACCCUACAUCAUAAAACUCGCCCUCCCACCACCCGACCGGUCACCUGUCACAUAUUACGACUCUAUUUCCUUCACCCCCUCCGCCCAGCCGGGGAAGCAUUUCUACCAAAAGGCCAUCCUGCGCAAAUUCGACUUUGUCCUCGACGUCGAAGCAGCGUCCAACUUUCCCUCCAACGUCGACGUGUCCUACUCGUGGGGAAAGCCAGACUUCAGAUAUACCCAGUACAUCCACCGGUCGGGGUCUGUCCUGGCGCAAAUCACAGACGAGGGGGAUCUUCUCUUGUUGGCAAACAGGUUGUAUAGCAGCCGAGCUGCUGCCGCCAGGGAGAGGGAGAUGCAGAGGGAACUCCGGACGGAGCACCCUGCACUCGGUGUGAACAGUGCCGUCGCCACGCCUGGUGGUGUUCCGGGAUGGGCGAUGACGCCGCUGGGUGGUUACCCGGUGUUUAACCUCCCCACUCCGAGUGUGGGAAUUAGCUCGGAGCCGGUGACGUCUUCUCCAUCGAUUAAACCGGGUUUUUUGUCGCCUAUCAUCCGACCUGUUGGGGCAACGGCGAUGAGUAACCCGCCUUCUGCUGGGGGUGGAGGGGGUAGUGCGUUUGGUACACCGGGGAUAUUGCAAAAGGGGCCGGGGUGGAGCUGGACGGGGCAGGAGCCGGAGAUGGUGAAGGAUGAGCUGGAGAGGUUUUGUAAGGAUACGAGGGCAUUGGACCAGUUUUAUCGGGAGCAACGGAUGGCUGCUGUUGUUAGGGAGGCGGGCGGGGGGGUUAGUGCUGGGGGUAUUGGGGCUGUUGGGGGGGCAGUUAUUGGGGCGGGGGGGGUGGGGAGCACGCCGGUGACGGAGGGGAAUAUUCCUGUUAUUGGGCUGCCGGGAAAUAUUAUUGGGAGCGUUGGGGGGGGGAGUAAUAGUGGGGCAGUGGGAACGGGGAUGGGAAUCAGUCCGAGGGUGGGGAGCCCGGCUUUUAUGAUGGGGGCGGGGGAGAGGUUUUUGAGACGGGGGAGUGUGCAGAUUGCGGGGGGGUUGGAGGGGUUGAGGAUGACGGGGAAGGGGGAGGGGAAGGGGGAUUGGGGGAGAUAA